AUGUCGUGAUCCUGCUUACUUUUCGAUUGUUUAUUCAGUCAGAUCAUUCUUGCAGGGCAUCUCAGUAUCCUGUCAUCAUGGCGGGAUCUGAGGCCUUUGUCUCGGUCCAGAACGACCCUAUGUCCUCUAACCAGGCCGAAAAGGGCUCCAAGAACAAGGAGGUCGGAAUCACUUCCCAUCGGCUGAUGAUCCUCUGGAGUUGGUUUCUUCUCACUGUUCCUCUCACUUGUUUGACCGCCGUCUUCCUCGCUCUGGUCUUUUCCUACCGUAUCGGAAAGGGUGACUCCGGGUAUGAGAGUCUCUGGGAGGGCUUGACGUUGGAUCUUUCGGGCGCGUACUAUGUCAACAUGAACUCGAGUGUUCUCCUGUUCGUGACGUCGUGGUCUAGUUCCCUGGCACCGAUGUUAUCAGGCUUCCUCAUCACCCUGGCGUCGUUUCCUAUCGCCAGACGCUACCUCCAGGAUAUCCAGAACGGACAUUUCGAACGGCUGCCCACCCCAUACCAGCUGACCCUCAUGAUGAAGUUCUUUGAUGGAGGCACUCUGGGCGCCACUUGGAGUUGGAUCGUCUAUGUUGUCUCAUGGGGGAAGAAGCGCCAGCCUCAGACGAAGCCGCUGACUUCGGCUGCCUCGGUGGCUCUCCUGGCAACACUCUUAGGAGCACUAGUUUCCGCAGCAGACACCUGGCUCCAUCUAACGACCAAAACCGUCACCUUCACCCGGGCCUCGGUCGUCCAAAACGAAGUAACCGACUACAGCUUCGGCCUGACCCCCCAAUGUCUCAAGGGCAACAACUCCGUCGCCGCCCAAGAAACCACCCUCUGCAGUGUGUCCAUGGCCGUCACGGGCCAAUUCCUCGCCAACGCCACGGUCAGUCUCGGUGUCUUGAACAACGUCUCCAGUUUCGCGACCGUCUACGAUUAUACCACCGAAGACGUGACGAUUCCGGAUGAUACCACGGAUAACGCGACGGGCUAUGACUACGUCUCCCAGUCCGCGACGUAUAGUUAUCUGGGUCUACCGGAGGGGACACUAGUGAACCGCGACUGGGAAGCCACCACGUACGGAGCGCGUACGCAAUGCCAAAUGAUUUCGAAACAAUGCAACCUAACCGAAGUGACCACCUCGCUACGAUAUAACUGCUCGAGUGCCUUUGCCGGAUUCAUCGACAGCACGGAACUGAUCACGGGCUUCUUCACCGACGAGACCAUGACCGACGACAUCAAAGACAACGAAGUCUCAAAUUACGGCACCGGAAACCCAUUCUACUACGCCCUAGCCGGCGUGCUGAGUACCUCCGGCGGCGCGGUGCCCAACUCGACGGAUUUCGUUCAGAAUGAGUCCGGUGUCUAUGGGUAUGUCAUGGGGUGUAAUACUACCAUUUAUGAUGUGAUUUAUGGGAAUGCCAAUCACUCGUUGGUGUAUUUGUCCCCGACUGCGAGUAAUACUUCUGUGUCGAAUAUCUUUCAGACGAGUAUUUCGCAGACCGUGGAUUGGGAACCCGCGAUUGAGUUGGAGAUUGGCGCUGCCGCGUAUAGUUCGACCGGACAGGGGUUUGCGGAUCAGUUGGCGGCGGAGUUUAAUCGGGUCAUUAUGGCGCUGGGGGCGGGGGCGUUGGAGGCCAGACCGGCGUUUGCGGUCCAGCAGAGGGAGAGUUUGCUCGUGUCGAGGGUGCCGAUGGCGCCGUUGUUUACGUUGGUGGCGGUCAACUUUUUGUAUGUGAUUUGUGGGUUGGUGUUUGCGGGUUUCGCCUUUCGGGCUGCGCGUCGUGAGGUCCCCGAUAUUCAUGCCCGGUUUGGCAUCAGUGGGUUGGUCGCGGAUCGAUUUGAGAAUCCGGGGUCGAGGCAUAAUACGAAUUCGGUGGAUGAGAUGUUUGAGGAGUAUGCGGGGCAGCCGAGUCGGAGGGUGGCUAUUGAGCAGGGGGAGGAGGGGGGCGUGUAUACCUACAAGACGUGGGAGACGGAUAAGGGGAAGUAUACAGCGGUGGAUGUGCAUGAAUCAUGAGGGUUAGUAAGUGAUAGAAUGGAAUUGAUGAUUUAACC